AUGUUCUUUAGCAAAGCAUCCCAUGCGGCGUCCGGCAGGGAAGGCUUCUUCUCGGAAGGGGGACGUCUUCAAUAUAUAUACCCGGGACCUAACACAACUUUCGCAUUUACUAACGGAUCAUCACUGACGUUAGAAAACAUUGCUAGAGUCAUUGGAAACUUCAGUGAUGUUGCUAAUGGCCAACAAUUUUACUCGAAAUUUUGUUCCAUCAAUUUCGAUAAUCCUACAGAGAGUAUUGAUGUGACCCAACCAGCAGCUCGUCCCCUAGUAGCCUCUGAAUAUCCAACUCCCGUAAUCACAACAAGUGAUUCAACGUUGUCUGGGUACUACAUCGAUGGGAAAGGACAAGAAGAAGUAGCUAUUUUGAGUGUUUUGAGCUUUCGGCCUGAAUCUUUAACUGAAUUUCAGGAGGUUGCACAGCAAUUCAUGAUCAAUGUAAAGAGAGAUGGCAAGACAAAAUUAAUCAUCGAUCUAAGCGAUAAUGAAGGUGGAUGUUCUCUCCUAAGUCUUGAUUUAUUGCGACAAUUUUUUCCUACUAUUCAGGAGGAUGAAGUUUAUCGUUGGAGGGUAGGAAAAACUUUCAUGGCAUUGGCUGAGAUAUUUUCCGCAGACUCUGAUGAUUUUGAUCCAGUUAAUGCUACAGAAAACGAGAUUAGAUGGAGUCGAUCCUGGUUUAAUUACCAUUCUGAUUUGAAUAUAGACUACCAGCCGUUUAGGAGUCUAGAGGAGAAGUUUGGUCCUUACACUAUAAAGGGGGAUAAUUUCACCAAUAACUUGCGAUGGAACCUCAACGACCCUUUCGUCACUUCUGAUGCUAUUUACGGCGCUGGUAUUAAUAUUACUGGUUAUGAUUCCCGUAAAAUUUCCACGCAGCACUUUGAUGCAAGCAAUAUUAUAAUGCUUCACGAUGGAUAUUGUUCAUCAGCUUGUGCCCUUUUUAGUGGAUUUAUGCGGAACCAAGGAGGCGUAAAGUCUAUUGCUAUGGGAGGCCGUCCAAAGGAAGGUCUAAUUCGAGGAGUUGGUGGAAUUAAAGGAGGCCUAAUAUAUAGUUGGAAAAAUAUCUUCCAAUACGCACAAGCGGCAGCAUAUUGUGCUACCGAAGCUCAAGCAGAGAUUUUGAAUCAGCUGUCACUACUUCCUUCGCAGCGAUCCCUUGCUGCCUACAGUAAUAUACGGCACUCCAUUUCUUCUAGAAACCGAGACAAUGGACUUCCGUACAAUUUUGAUCGAGAAGAAUCUGAAUGUCGAUUAUUCUACACAGAAGACAUGGUGUCUGAUGUAAAAGCACUUUGGAAGGCCGCAGCUGAUGCUGCAUUUAAUGAUAAAGGUUGUGCUUAUGGCAGCCUACCUAAGAGGGUAUAA